AUGGCGCCAUCUGGUGGAACUCUGGUCAAACCGCCUUCGUCGCCACGUGUUGUCGUUUUCUGCUCUUUUUUUUAUGUUCAGCUUUUCUACUCGUUUUUCAAGUCGCUUGUUGGCAAAGACGUGGUCGUGGAGCUGAAAAACGACCUGAGCAUAUGUGGAACUCUUCAUUCGGUUGAUCAGUACCUCAACAUCAAGCUGACAGACAUCAGCGUCACGGAUCCAGAAAAAUACCCACACAUGUUGUCGGUGAAAAACUGUUUCAUCCGCGGAUCGGUGGUCCGCUACGUGCAGCUGCCUGCUGACGAGGUGGACACGCAGCUACUGCAAGACGCCGCACGCAAAGAGGCCAUGCAGCAGAAGCAGUGAUUGCAGGUGCGGGCGGGUGGGCGGGCCAUGGGUUGGGUAGGGUGUUUAUUAUUUGGGUUGGGUUGUCGCAAAGACAACUUGAGUUGUUUUCUAGUCAUUUAAAAAGAGGUCAGGUAUGGACUCAACUUUGUCAGUCGACUCCAUAUUUGGUCAUUAAGAACACAUCUUAACAAAACAUUUAAAAAAAAAAGAUUAAUGUUCGAAUAAUCAUGUAAAUAUCCUUAGAAGGGUUUGUUUGAUUUCUCUUUAAGUGAAAGAAACUGAGUCAAAACAGCCCAAAAGAUUUCAUACCUGUCUUAGUUUGUUUACUGUACGGAAAGAAGAAAAAAAACAAACUUUUGUAUGAAAACAGGUAUUUUUUUAAUGUUAUGUUUUAAUGCCUGUGUUUUUUUUUUUACUUUAUGUUGGGCUUUGUGAAUGUUCAUUUCUGGGAAAUAAAGAGGCAAAAUUUCAUGGCAAAUCUGUAUGGCGUUAGUUUUAAGAACCAAAAAAAAAAAAACCAUUUUAUUUAUUAGCUCUCAAAAGUAUGAUCUUUAAAACGAGCGAUUGUCUUGAGUUGAUUUGCAAACAAGUGUUACGACAACACUGAUACGAAAACGACGUCCUAAAUCGGAAUCUAUAACGCAUAGAAAUCAAAUACCUUUAUUUUACAUUCAUACAUCAAAGGACAUGGUACAAUAGUUUUUCCAAUUCCGUUUAAAAAAAAAACAAACAAAAACCCCCAAAAAGAUUUACAGUGAUGCAUUUACUUUUUAAGGUUGGUGACAAGCAUUGAAGAAACAAACAAACACACACACGCAUAUUCAAACAUACACACAUGGGGAGGGGGUUGGAGAAGAGGGGCUGUACCUUAACAGAGCUGAAUUGCGUUGCAGUGGAGAAAAGGCACAUUGAAUCCACAGUGUAUAUAUGUACAAAGUGACAACGACACAACUGUACGUCGGGAGCAAUAACGAUGAUCGAAAAAACUCAAAACCUUCACUUAUGAAAAACAAAAUCCAAUAACAACCACGCCCCCCACCCCCCAAAAAAAAGAAAAACACUUCUACAAAUACAUCAAAAUGUCAUCAAACAUCAAAGACGAUUGGCUCCGCCCGCAGAGAACAAUCCCACAAAUAUGUAUAAAUACACAAUAUAUAUCACAAUAUUUAUAAUCGUACCCCUCGAGUGAGUGGCUCAUGCAUAAGCAGUUGUUGGGCAAAUUUUUUUUUUAAUCUCUCCCCCACUCAUUUCACAGCGGUGUUUUUAAAAUGAACAGACGACUCCCGUUCUUUUGAAAAUAUACGUUACCACCCGUCAGUCAAUGUUUCCAGAAAAGUAAGUUCUCUGAUAUAAAAUACUGUACUUUUUAUUUUUUUUUAAUCUUCUCCCUAAAAAUCACCUUUCUAAAAUUUCUAAAUACAUUCCAUCCUUCGAGAAAAUAAAGCUUUAUGUACUUUCAAAGCUUAGAAACACACACGUACAUACACGCUUAUAUUGAUUUGUACGUAUAGAAACCAUAAAGUGACUCCAUGUUCACAUGUAGUGGAAACCCGUUUUUUUUUUCUCUUUUGUUAGCGUAACCUCGCCGUUUUGAUUUGUCACAGUGUGGCGCUAGCGUCUUGAAUGAUUGUACACAUCAAAGUGGGGUGGGCCGCUGUUCAGACCAUUUUAGGCCCAUGUGGACAUCUUGAGUACUGCUACUAAUAUUGAAAAUUUAAUCCAAAUAAAAAUGUGAGCUGUAUUCUGUGG